GUGUGUUAUCAGUACCUAUGUCCGUCCAUGGGUUUUGUUUUGUAUUUUGUAGUGUUGUUAAACGUGCUGUGUCAAAUUUGAUUCUUCAAAAGUUCAAAGAAACCUGUUUUUCAAUCAAUCAACUACAUAAGUUGAAAAAUAAAACGUCAGAAAGAAGUGAAUUAUAUGAAACAAACAAUUACCUACGUUGAUUGUUUUGUUAUCAAUCUAAGGUCUUCAAUAUCCUUCGUGAGUUUGUUUUGUAAACGAUGUCGAUUAUAGUCGACCUAAGAAAAUGUACUUUCUCAUGGACAAUUGACCAAUAUUCGACUCACGCCAGAAGCGAAUGUGAUUUGAAAUCUUCGACGUUUUCAGCUAUUGGCGAUAAUUUCAAAUGGCAUUUGACACACAAAAUCCGGAAGUUUUACCCUGACUCUCCAGACGUUGUACUCUACCUACACCCUGACUUGGAUGAUCUUCGAAAAUACGGUACUGUAUCAGUGAAUGUGCAAGUUUUUUUGGUGAGGCACAACAACCCAAAACUGCAGACCACUCCAGUUUCCUACAAAUUUGAUUGGCAUGGUGAUAUGAAGGAAUGUUAUGUGGGUUCUCUCGGCUACGUCUUCCAAACCCGGCAUUGCGCACAUGAAGAUAAACUAAAGCUUAUUUGCGAGCUUAGUUAUUCAAGAAAACCCUAUUUUGCUUAUCUUCCUUCCUCGUGCUGUUCAAAACCAGACAAAAUUUCCGAAUCGAACCUGUCAACGGACUUCGAAAGAUUUUUCAUCGAUGAUGAUAAUUUUAAAGAUGCGACGAUUUCGGUCACAGGUAAAAAUUACCCAGUCCAUAAAACGGUUUUAGCUGCUCGUAGCUCGGUUUUCAACGCCAUGUUUAAAAGCAAUAUGGAAGAAAGCCAGAAAAAUCAUAUCGUUAUCACUGACAUAGAACAAGAACCGUUCGAGGAAAUGUUGCACUACAUUUAUACCGGGAAGACGAAAAAUUUGCAAGAAUUGGCCUUCGAAUUACUACCCGCAGCGGAUAAAUACGAUCUAAGGGAAUUGAAGACGAUGUGUGAAGAAGUCUUGCUUCGGAAAUUAUCAACUGAUAAUGCUGCGAGGAUUUUAAUAUUGGCAGAUAUGCAUCGUGCUGAAGACUUGAAGGCCAGUGCACUAAGAUUCAUGAAAAUGUACCAUUCUAAAUGUAAGGAUUUCAAGGAAACAGAAGUUUGGAAUAUUGUGACCGGGUCUCGUCCUCACUUGAUGAAAGACUUGCUGGAUGUUAUUUUUCGAUGAGUGAAUAGUCUAGUAUUAAUACCUAUUAUAGGUAUUAUUUACAUCAUUUUUUGAUGGGAGGGGAGAGGAAGACGGUCGAGCAGAGUCAACAUUUUUUUUCUCAAUUUAAUAAAUAAAAAAUUGAAAAAAUAGAACAAUAA